AUGGAUGAAUUUGAUGAAAUUAUCGACAACGGAUUAUUUGCUGCCGAUGACAUUAUGAAAACUAUAAAGUUGGCAUUGACAGCUUCCACUACACAUGAGAAAGAUAAACUAAUCCACCAGAUAAAAAAAUUAUACGCUAUUGAAAAUAACUCUAUGGAUGCAGUAUUAGCAAAUAAUGAAGAAAAAGCAAAAGUUCUCGACAAACUACAACAGAAGGUAGAUGUUAUCACAUCUCAAUACAAUACUUUUGAUACAAAUACAUCAUUUAUUCAUGAACUUGCAAGAAAUCCUCCAAAUUCAAAAUCAGAGUUAAUAGAAUCAAUACACGAAAUUGAACAAGCAAUAUUACAAAUCAAACCUCUUGCAUCACCAAAAGCACUUGCGCAAGUAUCGCAAUUAUCGCCAGAAAAGGAUCUAUUUGAAUUAAAAACACGUGAUUUACUAUUUUCAAGACUUGAAGAACUGACUUACGCUCUUAAAAAAAGAAUUCUUGUUGUUGAAGACUCAACUAACUCUUCAAUUGCUGUAGUUGAAAAAUAUGGUAAUGUUUCAGGCUUAAUCAACUACCAUAACGAGCUUUUGGAAGAAAACGAAAUACUAAAAUCAGAAGAAUCAAAAUUCAUCAAAGAUGCAAUGUCUAAGCGCAGAAACAUGAAUUCCAUAUCACCAUCAUUAUUGUCCAACAUUUCUACUGUAAUGCAAACAGAAUUAACAGAACUUAUGAAUUACGGAACAAAUCUAAACAAAUCAGCUGAUUUCAAUGGCCAAUUUCAGCCAUUUGAUAAUGUUUGUAAUAUACCAAAGUCAAUACAAUAUAAUAAAGCAGAUUUUGGAACAAAUAUCGAUCCUGAUUUAGUAAAUAAAAUUUCUGAACAAUCAAAUCCACCAGAACUCCUCAAUCUUAUGAGAAAUAUUAUACAGCAACAGAAUGCAACAAUUGAAAAGCUUUUAUCCGAACUUUCGCCACUUAGAGCUAUAAAUUAUUCUUCAAUUCCAGAACCAUCAGAGAGAUUGCAAAAAUUAUGGUCAACAAAUGAUAAAUUUUCAUCGCAAAUACAUGAAUUAAGCGAUCAAAUCGAGAAAACAAAUGAAGACGUCAGAAGAUUAAAUUAUACAAUCAAAAGAUUGAUAAAACAGCGUGGAUACUACGAUGAAUUAUUCUGUGACAUUCAGAAGAAGCUUGUACCUUUAACAGAUGAAACUAUUGCCCUCAUGAAAGUCAAUGACAAGAACAAAACAAUUUUUAAUUCAUUGACAGAUAUUUGUUACAAUUUUGCUUUGUCUCUCUUGAACAUUGAUUCAGAGAACUUUAGUUCGAUGAAAGAACUACUCCUAUCACGUAUCCCUCCACCACCACCUGUUCACAAGGUUGUAGAACCUCCACCACCACCUCCACAGCCCGAAGAAACAGAAACAAGUUCUCAUCAUUUGGAUGAUCCAAGAAAAUUCUUCAUGAUCAAACCAACGAUGCCAAAGAAACCAUCUAAGCCAAGGAGAACACUUACACCUGCUGAUACAUCACAGGCAAGUCUUUUAUCAUUGGUGAAAGACGUUGAAAAGAAACCACAGCUUUCAAUUAUCGGAUCGAACAGAGUCCAAAUCAUUGAUUACAUCGCAUUGAUGCAUGACGUUGCACAGACUGUUGAAAUGAAAGAACCAAUGUUUCAUGCUGACCUUAAUAACUCAUUGAGGCAAGUUUUAGCUAAAAUAACAGAUAUAAUGAAUGAAGCUAAAGAAAAUCAUCAGAGAGAAAUCAUGACAAGAGUUUCUCAAGUUGCACAAUCAGCACAUGGAAUUUUGUGCAGGCCGAAACAAGAUAUCGGAACAACUAUUGAUACAUGUCCGACUACUGAAAUUGAGAUUCAAACUGAGCCACCUCCAGAUCCAAAGGCAAAAGGAAAGAAGCCAGCAAAGAAAAAGUAG